CAUCGACCAUGCUUAUGCUUAUCGGCAGGAACCUUGGCACGGCGAUCGAUAGCCCGGUGUCCGGCCCUGUUACACAACGCCAGCAGCGCACCCCGCUCUCAUGGAUAGCUCCUACCUACAGCACUUAGACUUCGGUUGCUAGCUGUCACUUGUAACUAAACACCGCACAAGCUUCCUCCAUAAUUGCAAACAUCCACCGACAGCGAUGCAAGAACCCGCACGCAUCCUCAUCAUCGGCGCCGGAUCCCGCGGGUAUGCCUACGCCAAAGCGAUAGCCAAGCACUCCAACGGGCACGGAGCGAUCGUCGGAGUCGCCGAACCGCUGCCGUACAAGCGCCGCGAGUUCCAGCGGCGAUUCGGCAUCGCCGACUCGCUCGCGUUCUCGUCGUGGUCAGACUUUGUCGCUGCCGGCGAGGCCAUCGGGGCGAAGGUCGAUGGCGUGUGCGUUUGUACCCUCGACGAGACCCAUGCCGAGAUCGUCCUUGCGCUACGCCCUCUGAAUCUUCACAUCCUGUGCGAGAAGCCGCUGGCUGUCACCCUGGCAGACUGUCGGGCUAUGCAGGCUUCGAUCACGGCCGGGCCGUCGGUGUUGUUCGCGAUCGGCCAUGUGCUGCGGUACUCGCCACAUAAUAUGCUUCUUCAUAAGCUCCUGGUGGAAGAUGAAGUUGUGGGUGAAGUGGUAAAUAUCAAUCACACCGAACCUGUGGGAUAUUGGCAUUUCGCACAUUCCUAUGUCCGUGGGAAUUGGCGUAACGGCGCACCAUCCCUCCUCACAAAAUGCUGCCACGACAUUGAUCUCCUACUAUGGCUCACAGCGCCGCACAUGCCCACCUCCGUGUCCUCGCACGGUUCACUGGUGCACUACCGCCGGGCCAACAAACCGCUCCUCGCCGGCUCGGCCACAAACUGUUUCGGCUGCCCCGCGGAGCCAGAGUGUAUCUACAGCGCCAAACGAAUCUACAUCGACGAAAACCUCCGCUCCCACGGCAAUACAGGCUGGCCCAACAAGAUCGUCGCGCCAGAGAUCGAGGACUGCGUCGACGUUGCCGACGCAGUGAAGGUGCUGGAGCGACGGCUCGAGGGAGAUGGCCAAUAUGGCCGCUGCGUAUAUGACGCGGGGAACGACGUGGUGGAUAACCAGGUUGUGGUGCUUUCCUGGGACGACGAGAACGAGCCCCGCCACGGGCCGAAAACGGCCACCCUCACGAUGAUCGCGCAUACCCAGCGCAUCUGCGAGAGACAGACGAAGGUGUAUGGCACGCUCGGUGAGCUGACGGCGGACUCGGAGACGAUCACCGUGUAUGACUUUCGAACAGCUUUGACGAAGGUUUACACGCCCCAGCAGCACACUGACUCCGGCCACGGUGGCGGCGAUGUCAGCCUGGCCAUGGCUUUUGUGGAUGCUAUCGUUGCGGUAAAGAAUGGUGAGGCUACGGUGGACGAGGCACAACGGAAGUAUAUCAAGUGUACCACAGAGGAUGCGGUCAGGGCGCACGAGGUGGUGUUUUGGGCGGAACAGGCAAGGCUGCAGAAGAGAGUUGUCGAAUGGGAUGAGUGGGCCAAGGGCCAGCAGUGAUGUAGUUACCUAUAGGACAGAUCAACGGACGUAAUAGUCGGAUUCCGGCAUAGUUACAACCAUUUAUUAUUUUGGGCAUGUGUGUAUUGUACGUACAAACACGAUAUAUGCAUGGAAUCUAACAGUAGCGCCACCUUACGUGGCCGACUCCCGAGAAGCUUUCCAUGGCAAGUUGGCAAUCUUCCGCGAUAACUAUACAUUUCGAUCUAUAUGCAGAGUUGAUGGUCAUCUUCGAGGUCACAACACCUUUGUUUAUGAUGGAUGGAUGGGUG